UUUUCCCCCGCCCCCGCUCUGGCGCGGAGGAUUGUGGGAGCCGCUUCCUUGGAUUCCGCGCGUGGCAACGACUUGGGCGCCGCGCUCUGGCCUACGCGUGCUCUUGGUAGAUUUCUCGAGAAAGCCGCGUCGUACCCCGCUAGACUCACCGUCGCUCUGCUCCCCCUCGCUGGGAGUUUUUCAUAGGUACAAAUGAUGCAAAAUGUACACCUGGCCCCAGAGACAGAUGAAGAUGAUCUUUAUUCUGGUUAUAAUGACUACAAUCCAACCUAUGAUACUGAGGAAUUAGAGAAUGACACAGCUUUUCAGCAAGCAGUGAGAACUAGUCAUGGCAGAAGACCUCCAAUAACUGCUAAAAUACCAAGCACAGCAGUUACUAGACCUGUAGCUACUGGAUAUGGGUCCAAGACAUCCCUGGCAUCCUCGAUGGGAAGACCAAUGACAGGGGCUAUUCAGGAUGGAGUUACUAGACCAAUGACAGCAGUGAGAGCAGCUGGUUUUACCAAAGCAGCUUUGAGAGGCUCUGCAUUUGACCCCCUUGGUCAGUCAAGGGGCCCUGCUCCUCCUCUGGAAGCCAAAAAUGAAGAUAGUCCAGAAGAAAAGAUUAGACAAUUAGAGAAGAAAGUAAAUGAAUUGGUAGAAGAAAGCUGUAUUGCCAACAGCUGUGGAGACUUAAAAUUGGCCUUAGAAAAGGCAAAAGAUGCAGGAAGAAAAGAGAGAGUCUUGGUGAGACAACGAGAACAAGUUACAACUCCAGAAAAUAUCAAUUUGGAUUUAACAUACUCAGUUCUUUUCAACUUGGCUAGUCAAUAUUCAGCUAAUGAAAUGUAUGCUGAAGCACUAAACACAUAUCAAGUUAUAGUGAAAAAUAAGAUGUUUAGCAAUGCAGGAAGAUUGAAAGUGAAUAUGGGCAAUAUUUAUUUAAAGCAAAGAAAUUAUUCCAAAGCCAUUAAAUUCUACCGAAUGGCACUAGAUCAAAUUCCAAGCGUCCAUAAAGAAAUGAGGAUUAAAAUCAUGCAGAACAUUGGUGUUACAUUUAUAAAAACUGGUCAGUAUUCAGAUGCCAUUAAUUCAUUUGAGCACAUCAUGAGUAUGGCACCAAAUCUGAAGGCAGGCUUCAACCUAAUUCUUAGUUACUUUGCUGUUGGAGAUCGAGACAAAAUGAAGAAGGCAUUCCAAAAAUUGAUUGCUGUUCCGUUAGAAAUUGAUGAAGAUGAUAAAUAUAUUUCACCAAGUGAUGACCCACAUACUAACUUAGUGAUUGAAGCUAUAAAAAAUGAUCAUCUAAGGCAAAUGGAACGCGAAAGGAAAGCCAUGGCAGAAAAAUACAUCAUGACAGCCGCAAAACUCAUUGCUCCUGUAAUUGAAACAUCUUUUGCUGUAGGUUAUGAUUGGUGUGUUGAAGUUGUGAAAGCUUCUCAGUAUGUAGAGUUAGCAAAUGAUCUGGAAAUAAACAAAGCAAUUACAUACUUGAGACAAAAGGACUUUAAUCAAGCUGUAGAGACCUUAAAAAUGUUUGAAAAAAAGGACAGUAGAGUGAAAAGUGCAGCUGCAACCAACCUCUCAUUUCUUUAUUACUUGGAAAAUGAAUUUUCACAAGCCAGCAGCUAUGCAGAUUUAGCUGUGAACUCUGAUAGAUAUAAUCCCUCAGCUCUCACUAAUAAAGGGAAUACAGUUUUUGCAAAUGGUGAUUAUGAGAAGGCAGCUGAAUUCUAUAAAGAGGCUCUAAGAAAUGAUUCUUCUUGUACUGAAGCACUUUACAAUAUUGGCCUUACCUAUAAGAAGCUAAAUCGGCUUGAUGAGGCUUUGGAUUGUUUCCUGAAACUUCACGCAAUCCUGAGAAACAGUGCCCAAGUUCUUUACCAGAUAGCAAAUGUAUAUGAAUUAAUGGAAGAUCCCAAUCAAGCAAUUGAAUGGUUAAUGCAGCUGAUCAGUGUUGUUCCAACCGACUCUAGAGCUUUGUCUAAACUAGGAGAAUUAUAUGAUAGUGAAGGGGAUAAAUCCCAAGCAUUUCAAUAUUACUAUGAGUCAUACAGGUAUUUCCCCUCUAACAUUGAAGUCAUUGAGUGGCUUGGAGCCUAUUACAUUGACACCCAGUUUUGUGAAAAAGCCAUUCAAUACUUUGAAAGAGCUUCUCUUAUACAGCCUACACAAGUGAAAUGGCAGCUGAUGGUAGCUAGUUGUUUUAGAAGAAGUGGUAACUACCAAAAAGCAUUAGAUACUUAUAAGGAUAUUCACAGAAAAUUUCCAGAAAAUGUUGAAUGUCUGCGUUUCUUGGUUCGUCUCUGCACAGAUAUUGGAUUAAAAGAAGUUCAAGAAUAUGCAACAAAACUCAAGAGAUUGGAAAAAAUGAAAGAAAUAAGGGAACAGCGCAUAAAGUCUGGCAGAGACAGCAGUGGGGGCUCCCGCAGCAGAAGAGAGGGGAGUGCCGGCAGUGAAUACCUUCUCACAGUUUUGGGGACCUCAGUGAUGUCCCAGGCAGAGUGAACAACUCAUGCUUAGUGACCACCACCUAUGGACGGACAAAAGAUUAGCUUAAGGAGGUAGGAUAGGAAAAGCACAUGUAAAUAUAUCUAAAUUCAAAGAAUCACAUCAAUAAAAUGUAGCUGACCUCUAAGAAGAAAGGGAGUGAGUAUGAAUGGGGCAAAAAAAGCCUGGAGAAGGCCAGAGGGACUGAGGACUCAUUUCACCAGUGUGUCACUCCUUUCCGCUUAAGUUCCAGGGUAAGUGCCCUCUUCACCUCAGAAAGCCAAAGAGGAAAUGUGCUGAAUGCCCUUAGUAUCUAAGCAUUUGGAAGCUAGUAUAUACAAGGGAACUUGAUUAGCAAUAAGUAUUAGAAGAGAACUGAUAGUACUCACAGUGGCACCAAAGUAUGCUCUGUGCCACAGAUUCUGAAGAAGUUUCUCUUGUGUUUUGCUGGUCUCAUCUCCUAACAUGUCACCUGUUUUUCUGGUAUAGUGUUCUCUAAGCCAGGGGGUCAGCACACUUAUGUAAAGAACAAGGUAGUAGACAGUUGAGGCUCCAGGGCCAUACACAUACUUGUGGUGUCACAAAGGCAGGCACUGACAGCAUGUAAGCAAGUGGCUAUAGCUGGGCUCUCUGAAACAUCAUGUUUGACACUGAAAUUUGAAUGGCGUAUAAAUUUCAUGUGUCACAAAUAUUGUUAUCCUUUUGCUUUUUUCCCCAAGCUUUAAAAAUGUCUGAACCAUGCUUAGCUCACUAGAUGUUCAAAAAGGGGGUAGGCCAGGUUUGGCUCCCAGAUUAUAAUUUGCUAAUUCCUGCUCUAGGCCAAGUUCUCCAUAAAUAAUUCCUGGGUGUGAAAGGUGGGGGGCCUUCAGGUUAUCCUCUUUAAAGCACUGAUUUCAGCUGUCUAAUCCAUGCACAUAGCUUGUGCAAUAAGAUUCUUUAUCACUGACCUUUUCCUCUUAAAACUGUCUUAGCUGUUUACAUCCCGGCCACCUCCAAAUACGUCAUACACAUAAUAACAGAGUGUGUGAGGUUUUGUGUCUUCAACAGAACAUGCUCCUUUCCUUUGGCCCUUGGCUUAUUGCCCUGCAUUUGAGGUCAUUGUAAUUAAUUUCUCAAUCCGGGUAUUCAUUCAACAUCUGUGGACCUCUUUUUCCAAGUCACCAUAUUGUACAUGACCUU